AUGUUGUUCCGGUAUGUUGAUUUUGUGGCAAGGUUGUGCAACUCCACGAGCACUUCGGUUCCUCGACUUUCAUAUUCUUCUACCCUUCUUCCUCGAUGUAGUUCGUCUCUUCAUGCUUCUCUGAUAUCUCGGUAUUGUACUUCUGUAUGCGCGAGUCCUUCUGCUAUCGAUGUGGCUCUAGACUCGGUGGUGAAGAUCUUCUCCUUUUCUAGAAAGCCAGAGGUUGUUCGACCAUGGCAAACAACUGAGAUGGAACACUUAAGCUCUGGAUUUGUCAUCUCGGGGAGGAGGAUACUAACAGACAAUAUUGGUGCGCCUGGUGAUCUCUCUUACGUGCAAGUGAGAAAGCAUGGUUCACCGACUAAGUACAAAGCAAAAGUUGAAGCGUUUGGGUAUGGAUGUGACUUAGCUAUCUUGGUUAUUGAUAGUGAAGAGUUUUGGAAAGAUAUGAAUCCUUUGGAGCUUGGAGACAUACCUUUUAUCGGGGAUACUGUAUACGCUUUAGGUUAUCCUCGUGGUGGUGAUACUAUUUCAGUUACGAAAGGUAUUGUAUCGAGAGUUGAACCGAAAAAGGAUUCUCACAGCUCCAUUGAACCAUUAACGAUACAAAUAGGUGCGGCAAUUAACAACGGAAAUGGUGGUGGUCCGGUGAUCAUGGGGAACAAAGUUGCUGGUGUAGCAUCUGUAAAGAGUUCAUUUAGCGGAAACUAUAUAAUUUCAACUCCAAUAGUUAAGCAUUUUUUAACAUGUGUUGAAGAAACCGGUCAAUACCUUGGUUUAUGUUCUCUGGCUAUAUCAUAUCAGUCUAUGGAGAAUUGUUACAUACGUAAACACUUCAAAAUGAGUCUUGAGAUUACAGGGGUUCUUAUAAACGAAAUAUAUCCGCUCUCAAGUGCUCAAGGAAUUCUGAGAAAAGAUGAUGUCAUUCUAGCAAUUGAUGGUGUUCCUAUUGGAAAUGAUGAGACAAUUCUGUUUCGGAAAAAAGAAAGGAUCAAUUUCGAACAUUUGGUUACUUUGAAGAAAUCAGGUGAAACUGUCUUACUAAAAGUGUUAAGAAAGGGUAAAGAACACGAGUUCAAUAUCAUUGUUAGACAUGAGCAGCAACUGGUUCCGGACCGAUAUCUUCCAAGUUAUUACAUACUUGCCGGUUUUGUCUUCGUACCUCUCUCUAAGCCAUACGCAAACAGUUCUAACAUAUGUAACUGUUCAUUAGACAGAAAGGCAAAAAAGGCUGGUGAACAGAUUGUCAUGAUUUCACAGGUCUUAUUGAAUGACAUAACCACAGGAUACCGUGAUUACACAGAUUUCCAGGUGAAGAAAGUGAACGGAGUGGAAGUGUUGAAUCUGAGACACCUAAGUGAUCUCAUAGAGAAAUGUAGUGAAGAAGAUUUGAGGCUGGACUUAGAAAAAGAACGAGUUAUUACGGUGAACUAUAAAUCUGCGAAAGAAGCAACUCCGUGGAUCUUGGAACAUCACGGAAUACCAUCGGCCAUGUCCAAGGACCUUAAGGAAGACGCCUCCAGGCAAUUAUUAUGUUUCUCUUCAGCAGCUUGA